AUGAAACUUGAAAAGGAACAUUCCAAUACAUUAAAGCUGGAUGGCAAUCAAAGCAGAUAUAUUGGCAUUGUCAUUCGUCCUUUCAAGUCAUGUGACACUGAUGUAGUGCGUAACAUAUUUGCUGAAAGCAUGGGAGAAAUGCGCAGUCCCCUAGUCCGAGAUGUCAUGUACCAAGCCAUUGUUUAUGGAUUAUAUUUAUCAUUACCAGCAGCAGUGCUAAGUGUUGUAUGGUUUUCUUGGUUUUUAGCAUUGUAUUUUAUCAUUUUCAUUUUCAUUUUGAUUGUUUUGUUUGCUGUGUUACACAUUGGUUUCUCAAGGUACAUUCAACGAUGUUUAGACACUGAUCUAGGAAACAUAGAACAUACAUAUUUCCAGCAAAAGAUGUCGCACUUGUGGGUUGCAGAGUGCAACCAAUUAGUAAUCGGUAUGGUAGCUCUCGUUCCCGAUACCGACCACGAAGGAUGCUUUGAAAAGUCUGGGGAAGUUGUCGGAAGGCUUCGGAGAAUGGCUGUUUUACCAGAAUUCCGUAGAUUAGGUGUCGCCAAACAACUUCUUGACACGCUUCUGUCUUACGCGAAGCAAGUUGGGUAUAAACAAAUUGUUUUGCUGACAACCAGUGCUCAAGAAGCCGCUAUUAAAUUUUACACAAAGCAUGACUUCCAACUGGUAUCAAAGAGACUCGCCAACAGAGCAAUGAGAGGAUUUUACCAUUUUGAUUAUUCUUAUGACCUUGAAAGAUGGAAAUAA